CCGUCAGUGCAACGCGGAACGCGUUCCUGUUCGUAUUGUUGAGUGGGGUUAGUGUUGCAUCUACCAUUUCCUUUAUUUCUAUCUCUCUUUUUUUGUCUGACUAUAAAUUUCUUUGUUCAUUGUUGAACACGAGAGAACGACAACACGCAAUCGUGCGACACACGUGUGAUACCGUGGGUAGUUAGUGCAGUGUGACAGGAUGCGGUACAAUGACCGUAAAUGAGUAAUCGACGGUGCUGGCAGAACCGGUCGGAAGGACGAGGAUCGCGGCGGAAAGGACGCCUGUGGCAGGACUCGAGCCGUUGUGCAUAGGAAUAGGAUCGAUCGGUGGAGGGAGAGGGCGGAGAGGAGGUGCCGAUCGUGGAAGGUAGGAGUCGAGGGGGAAAAGGUUGAAAGCGUGGGAGGAGGGUCGAAAGGUUGAGCGAUCUACGGAGGAGGAAGAAGAGAAAGAGGACGUGGCGGAAGCACGUUCGCUGGCGGUGGAAGAGGAAGAGGAAGAGGAAGAGGAGGCGGAGGAGGAGGAGGAGGAGGAGGAAGAAGAGGGAGAGAAAGAAGAUCGAAAAAGGGAAGGAGACGGUGGUCGAGGGAGGAAGAGAGAUGAGCCUGGUGGGUGACUGGCAAAGCGCGGUGGUCGGCUGCUCGACGAAAGGCAGAUAGCGCCAUUAGUUAUUGCUGGGCCGGAGAACGUCGAGCCGAUGCGCGCUACGGCCCUGGCCGUCGACGAAGAAGGGGAAGAGGAGGAGGGGGAGGAGGAGGAAGAGGAGGAAGAAGAGGAGGAGAGGAACGGGGCCCAAAGGGCCGCGAUGCAUCGCUUCGGACCUAGACGACGUUAUCCUCGAAUCGGAGAAUCCCUGAUUUUCCUUCUGGCGUUCGGUUGCCUUCUGAUCGUCGCCGUUGCCUCGCCUCUUCAUCCCGCGCCACCGCACAGAGGUAUCACGCACGGUUCUUACAUCGGUUAUUACGAGGUGGCCUCCUAUGAUACCGCGGCCUUGAGACAACAUCGUAACCGGAUGCGCCGCGAUGUCUCCAACGAUGUGGUCGACAAUCAGCCUUUGCUGCUGCAGUUGAAAGCGCUCGACAAACAAUGGACAUUACGCUUGGUUCGAGAGAGGAGCCUGUUCAGCCAGGACGCGACGUUCGAGAACACGAACGGCCCCAUCGACUUCGACACGUCGCACUCUUACGUGGGCACAGUGUUGGAGGACGACAACGCCGUGGUGCAGGGGAUGGUGACAGGGGACGGCCUGUUCGACGGCACCGUGGUCACCGGAUUCGAGGAGUACUACAUCGAGCCGACCAACAGAUACUUGGCCGGGGAGGAGGACACGUCUCCGCCGUAUCACAGCAUCGCCUACAGAGCCUCGGACGUGUUAACGCCGCGUAAAUCGUCGCCUUGCGCCAGUCAUCGAUUGCGUCAACACGCUUCUCACGAUUCCAUGCAAAUGGGACGAAACGAGUCUCGAUCGCUGUACGAGCCUCUUCUCGGCGAGACACGGGCGCUCUACUUCUCGAAGGGAAACGGCGCGCGGAUUUCAACCUCGGAGAUAAGGGAUAAGAGCGCGGCACGCAUGGAGACAAGGAUGGGGGAGGGAGAUCGUAUCGCGAGACACUUGCACAAACGUGCCACGGUGGACCCGAGGAAAACUACGUGCAUGCUCUACCUGCAAGCGGAUCACCAGUUUUUCGCGAGAUACGGCACGGAGGAGGCUUGCAUCGAAGUGAUGACGAGGCACGUGCAGAGGGUCAACUCCAUUUAUAAACAUACAGACUUCAACCAAGACGGCAGGCCCGACAACAUCAGCUUCAUGAUAAAACGUGUGAAAGUUCACAGCGAGGACGCAUUGAGAGAUCCCAAUUAUCGAUUCCCGGGCAACUACGGCGUGGAAAAGUAUCUGGAGCUGUUCUCUGAAGAGGAUUACGACGCGUUCUGCCUGGCCUACAUGUUCACGUAUCGGGACUUCGAGAUGGGCACGCUGGGCCUCGCUUGGACAGGCGACUUGAAAAACGCCGGCGGAGUUUGCGAGAAGAACGGGCACUAUCGUGGCAGCAUGAAGUCGCUGAACACCGGAAUAGUGACUUUACUGAAUUACGGGAAGCACGUACCGCCCGCCGUUUCUCACGUCACUUUGGCGCACGAGAUCGGCCAUAACUUCGGUUCACCGCACGAUCCGGAACAAUGCACGCCGGGCGGAGAGGAUGGAAACUUCAUUAUGUUCGCUCGUGCAACCAGCGGCGACAAGCGAAACAAUAAUCGUUUCAGCCCGUGCAGCUUGAGCGCCAUAAACCCAGUUUUGAAUAGCAAAGCUCGCUCCCCGAAGGGUUGCUUCACCGAGCCGCAAGUGUCAUUGUGCGGAAACGGUGUGAUCGAGGAGGGUGAAGAAUGUGACUGCGGAUGGGAAGAAGAUUGCAGGGACUCGUGCUGUUUUCCUCAACGUCGCUAUCCACCUCCGGGUGAAACACCCUGUACGCUUACACCAGGCUCCAUUUGCAGCCCUAGUCAAGGUCCGUGUUGCACCGCCGAGUGCAAUUUAAGAUUCGGAGACAAGUGCAGAGACGACAACGGAUGCCGAGACGCGAGCUUUUGCGACGGUCGAUCAGCUUACUGCCCUCCCUCCAUCAACAAACCCAACAAGACGAUCUGCAAUCGCGAAUUCGUGUGCUUUAUGGGGGAGUGUACCGGUAGUAUAUGCCUUGCAUACGGAUUGGAAUCUUGCCAGUGCAUUCCUGGCCCGAACGAUCCCCCGACGAAGGCCUGCGAGCUCUGUUGUCGCGUUCCCGGAGAGAACCAACCCUGCCUGUCGUCUUUCGAUUGGAACUCUCCGCCCUACGAUAUACCCGACAUGUUCUCCAAGCCAGGAACACCGUGCAACGAUUACAAUGGAUAUUGCGACGUCUUCCAGAAAUGUCGAGAGGUCGAUCCAAGCGGUCCUUUGGCAACUUUGAGAAAACUUCUCUUAUCCGACGAAAGUCUGGCCACUUUCCGUCGUUGGAUAAUCGACCAUUGGUACGCAGCCGCUUUGAUCAUUCUCGCUGCGAUAUCCUUAUUGAGACCUUCGAGGAAACGCGCGGAUAUAAAAAGUGUUGAGAGUGGCGAGCAUGAGAUUGCUGGGCAAACGGCCGGAUCUGAAGCUCAAGUCGGUCACAAUAAUACACAGCUCAACGACGGAAACUGUGCGCCUUCCACCGGAGGGGACGGAGGGUGUCACGGUGCAUCCGCCGGCAGUGCGCGCCAAGCUUCCGCUCAGCAGAAAAGUGAGGGAGAAGAGGAGGCACCGAAAGCAUAAGGACAGCCACGGGGCAGACAAAUCCGGUAAGGAUAUGUCGAAGAAGAAGAAGAAGAAGCAAUCGCAAUCUCAGACGAAGAGGAUCGUCUCGACGAACGCGGGCGAGGAUUUGGUUAGGAAGAGGUCGGCGGACGCGGUGACGGGGGUGGUUCAAGAGAGCAAGCGGAAGAAGACGUUCCCCUCUGGGAAUCGCGCCGAUAAACAGAACUCGAGUGCCGUGAUCGCGGUAAUCGGCGGUAAUUCGGACAAGGACGACAAGAGGAAACGCAAGAAGCAACACAAGUCGAAGGAAGUGAUCGAUUAUUCGGCGAUACAGGCUGAGAAGGAGACGGAGCCGAACGCCGAUCCUAAAAGCAAGGUUCGUUCCUGGUUGUUGGCGUCCUCUCAGUGUCGGCCGGAAACUGGGAGGGGGAACGGAGCGGCCUGCCUGCCGAAGAGCAAGUCUACCCCCGUGGGUUUGACCGGUGCUGGGACCAGGUUGCCCGCGGCGACGAGGCAAGCCGCUUCGAGAAGAAAUCCGCUCGAGUCGAAGGAAGCGAACAAGACGACGGGGAAUUCGCAGGCGGCGAGGAAGGAGAGGGCGAAGCUGCAAGUGGUGUACAAACCGCCGUUCAGGUUCAGCGUGAAACUUCGAAAGACGGACAAGGUGGCGCAGGUCACUGCUCCGAACGCGACGAUGCACGCCAAUGGAAGGCCAAAGCUUCCCAGGACCGGCGUUCUUCUGAGGACGGGGAAGAAGAAGGACAGGGUCAGAAUCGGGAGGGCGAGGCAGAUAGCCCCCACAGGAAUCGGAAACAGCGCGGCUGACUUGCCCGAACCGGCCAACUCUGACCUCCAUACCGUCCCAUCCGAUCUCGAAGUGUUGCUGUCCGAGAGCGAGUUCCUCUUUUCGGACACGUGACCACGGUGAAUAAGAGGCGUGUUCAGAUCUGUGCGUGUUCACAAGAAAAUCUUUUUAAAACGAAAAUAUCUGUAUCGACGAGAGAGAGAGAGAGAGAGAGAGAAAGAGAGAGAGGAAAAAGUCGAUGCAUCGAACAAUCCCGUCCGCCGAAGUUGCGAAGAACGAUACACGUUGAAAACGUUUUACAUGCCAUCCCAAUGGUUCAACCUCGGUUUCAUCAACGGUGAAUGUAAACUAUUGCGCUCGAAUCGUUCGUUCGUAGAAAAUCAAAAAAAAAAAAAAAAAAGAAGAAGAAGAAGAAGAAGAAAAAGAAAAGAAGAAAGAAAGUAUUUCUCGUUGAUGAAAUCGUACGUCCGAGAACCCAUCGUUUUAUCGUAUUAAUCUAAUGGCUGCUGGGCGUGUUUUCGUAAACGUUGACGCAACCCCCUUCCAAAUGAGCUUCUUCCGUUCUACUGUGCUGGAAUUUAUUUUUUUAUAAGUAUAUAUAACGAGGAGCACGCAUACACGUACAGCGUACGCUUUCGCUCUUUUUCACGUCUUCCUAGGGAUAAAAACGACAGUCUGUCGUGUGCGUUCGGAAUAAUUCACCCCCGUGAAUUAUUUAUUCGAUUCGCGUUACGAUUUGUAUAUGUAAUCGAUCACUUGCGAAACGAUCCGCGUUCUAUGGAAGUGCUAGUUGAACGAUCCAAGCCAAGUUUUCUUCUUCCAAAGAAAAGGGGCCAAAUUCACUUUAAAAAAAAGAAAAAAAAAAGAAAAAAAAGAUAAAAAAAAAAAAGAAAGAAGGAAAGAGGGAAAGGAAGGAAGGAAAGAAAAGACUAAUUACGCGUUCACGUACUUAGGGAUACGUACGCGUAAACGGCACAAGAAAUAAAGUUGAUAGACCUAUUUUUCGCCUGUCGCAAAUGCGCAAGAAGAAAUUUUCUUGUUUCUUUCUCUGGGACACACGGGAGAUUACGAGAUUCGCUUGCAAUCGCAGCUUUCGUCACAAUUCAGGCAACAACGUUCGAUGUUGAAAAAGCGAUGUUCUAGCGUAAUGCGUCGAAGACGAAUAAUAAGGGAGUGCAAGAGAGAAAGAGAGACGCGAGAGAAUGGGGGAGAGAAAGGGAGGGAGAGAGAGAGAGCGAGAGAGAGAGAGAGAGAGUUACUUAAAACUGUUACUAUAUCGUGCCUAUCGUACACCGCUGUUCGAAACUUGGGAAAGAAAUCUCGCGAUUGAAAAGAGAAAUUUUGUUUGAUUUUUUUCCAAUGACAAUUGUCGCGGGGGAAAAAAAAAGAAGAAAUAUAGAAAGAGAAGAAAUCAGCAAACGCGCAAUUCCUAAGAAAUUUGCCAAGGGAUUGAUGAUAUAGCGAUGAAUCGAUGUUCUCUCCGAAAACAAGCAACGUAAUUGAAAACGUAAUCGCGGUUUGAUAGUUGAAGCUAGUCCACCCUUUCGAAUUUCUUUUAAAGAUUCAAACUUUUUAAAGUGUCAAAUAUUUUGCCCGCACUUGCUCUCGUAAUCUAACUCUACUAUUCUCAUGGUUCCUAUUUACCGGCAAUUCCUAACCGCGGUGUAAAAUUUGCCGGGAUUAUUUGCAUUUCCAAGUGGAUAAGUGAUGGCGAAACUCGUCGAGCUAUUUAUAUUUUUGAGACUGUAUAAAAAGAGAUGUCGAGAUGUUCUGACGACAGAUGGUGAUGCUCUCGUCGCUGUAUUUCCAUGAGUUUCAUUCACUUCCCAGAGAUUUAUCCACACACACACAUAUACACUCUCUGGGAAAACAAUCGAAUUUUAAGUCGUACUGAGAUGAUUUAACGUUUAUUAAUCUGCGGUGCUAUUAGUCAAUAUGCUUAAAGAUUCUCUGUCGAAAAUAUUCUCUGCCCUUCGAACAUUCCCGAUCGCUUCAAAUCUUCUUUUUAUCGAUAUAAAUCUUGAUCGAACAUACUUUUUAAGUUCCUCUCGUUGAAUAUACAUACGUAUACAUAUCGUUUGUUAAUGUUAUUUGUUACAACUUGCUUCGAAUCAUUCCAUUUCCAUCACGUAGAAAAGAUAUUACAGAUACUUCGUUCGAAAUAAUUUUCCGCUUUCUUGUGUGAUGCUUUUGUUGUGUAAAAAUCCUGCCGUAAUAUCGCGUAAGGGUUCUAAAAAAAAUAUUUAUCCGUUAACAUUCAUUGGUUUCUCGGUGAACGAGGAAGAAUUUUUCGAAAGGCGAAACGUAUUAAUUAAAAAUGAUUCGCGAGAAUUAGAAAACGGAGGAAAUUUUUAAAGUCUCGUCGGCGAAGAGCAAUAGAAAAUUUGUGACCAGAUUUGUUCCCCGUUGAUGAGACGGUUAACGGUUAAGGGAUGGAAGUGGGCAAAUCUAUUUUUCAAUGUUUGUUAAUUUAAAUAUACUGCGAUAAUUACUGCCAUAAUAUAUACCUUACAAAGGGGAAUUACACGUCAAAGAUACAUAUGUAUAUCUUGUUAUAACGUGAAAGAACCAUCGAGGCACGCUUCGUUUGCCCACUUCUUCUUCGAAUUUAAAACCAGUAGAGUAUUUUGCUGCGAAUUAAGCGAAGAAAAAAAAUCCGCUUGUGUGUAUACAUACGUGUGUACGUGUACUUAAAUCUUAAGAAUAUGUGAUUUUACUUUUUACUCUUAAUUUAUAUAUACACGAACGUUUUAUCACGCGUGUGCGAAUUGUGAUUAAGUCUCUUCAACGAGAGAGAUCCGAUCGUACGAUUCGCAUACGAAUAAUAUUUAAUUGACCCAUUGGCCUAAUUAUUACAUAAAGAAUGACGAUUAGUUAGUCAGAGGCGUCGAUAAUACUAUUUAUCGAUUUAAAUAACCGUCUGUACUAGUACUUUCCGACUGGCUAAAAUUGUUCAAAUUAUACUUCCCUCGUUUCGUUUCUCUUGGGAAAAAAAAGAAGAAAGAAAAUUAGAAAAGGACGCGUAGAAGUUGCGUUAGUUGAACGGGAAAUAAUAGUGAGUCAAUGUAGGCAAAUAGAUUAUCUAAGGAAAUGUGAUUUUACUUUUAAGACCAAUCUGUGUUAAAUUCGUGUGAAACUUCACCGGUUCUGAGCCAGUGGCCAUGUCGCCUGAUCCUUUCGUUAUCGCUUGAAAUUUUCGGAAUUUAAGGGGAAAAAACUGUAGGUCAGAACCGUUCAUCAAGAUGCAUAAUUCGAUGCGUGAAGGAAAUAAAGUUUACGUAGCUUAAGCAAUGAAAAUAAUAAGUAUAAAUCCAACUUGAAAUGUUUACGAUCAUUACGAUUCUUCAUCUUGAUUGAAGACGAUCAUCCGGGAAGAGAAUUUCUCUACGAUCUCAGGAAUGUGAUUUAUAAAUUCAUUUCCGAAAUAUUAUUGAUUAUCGUUUUCAAACGUUUUAAUGUUUUAACGAUAGAUAUUAAUUUACUUAUUAUAUAGUUAAAGAAGAUCGAUCGAUCGAUCAAAUUAGGUUAUAAGCGACCGUGGCGACUAGCCAGUCACCGAGAAAACUAACGUUCGUACUUAUAGUCAUUUCUAACAUCUCGAGUGUUACUUAUUUUUGCUACUUCAACCCCUUCUUCCUCUAAAAAUUCUUUAACGUAACAUAACACAAUGGGAGAAAAUAGAAAAGGAAGAAGAUGAAAUUGGAAGUUAUUACUACGAAUGGAAGGGGUAUAAGGCAGAAAAGGAUCGCUCGAGAAUUGCCUCGAUUGCAUCAAGAAAAAUCCGAUCGGCAGAACGAAACUCGUUAAUUGUUCCCGUCCGAUUUUUCGAUACUAGAAGCGCCCGAGGCGAGACUGUGUAAUUUAUCACGUACUUAAUAACCAAUAUAAGAUGGGGCUGCUGUAUUUUUACACGGACUUUGUAUAAAUGACGAGAACCGCGAGAGCAAUGUUUUUCGCGUAUCAUUGUAUAUAUCUGUAUACCAAUAAAUAGAUGUAGGAUUAAAAAUUUAA